UUGCCACACUCAUGCGAUCUCUUAGUGCAGCCAGCAGAACCUCUAACAUUUCCAUCCAGAGCUUUUACAGUACUGAGUUCCGAGCUAAGGCCAAACACAUUGUGAGUGAGACCAUUCUCAGAGCUGCUAGCAAAGCCAACCAUUCUUUGCUACAGGGCAUGCCUAGCACCACCUUCUCACACCAUGUGGUUUCUACAGCCGAAGAUAUAGUAAAUAUUAUCAUGCAAGACCUUGAAAGUGUAUCCCAGUACAAUGUGGACGACGCAGACUCCUUCCCACUAGGAGAGAAAAAGCUGGAGUCCCAGCUCAAACCCAGAGUUGUCUUUGACAACUUAUUGGAUGCUGCUCAAACCAUGUACCACAGAGUAAAGGAUAGACUGAACAUCUUUUUCUCUUUUCCACCAGUGUCAGUCACCACAGCCAAAGAUGUGCUGGACUCCACCCCUGUGGAGACACUCAGACGCAUUAAGUCCCCUGACACUGCUCUUGUUGAGGACAGGAGCCGCCAUCCGUCUGUGAGAAGUGAGAAGCCUUUGUCAAAAGUCUGUUUGGCUAAAAGGUCUAAAGCCCUUGUGUCUUCAAGUGGCUCUUCAACAGACCACCAUGUAAUUGACACAUGCAGUGAGGAUGUCACUCUGCCCACCAGGAGUAUGUCAGUUGUGAGCAACAACAGUUUGAAGAGAGCCUCUCCUCUCCACGGCAGUGGAUUGAGUGAAAGUUGCAAACCUCUUGUGGCUCUAAAAGACGUAACAGUGGCAGUCAGCCAAGAAGGCUUUAGCAAAACUGCAAAGAAGAUGCUCAGCUUGAUCCUAAAUGAGAUCAAGUGUAGAGUGGCCAACUCUGAGAGUUCAUCUGUUGGGCAGGAGUGUCUGAUAGCCACUAACAUGUUAGACUCUUUACUGGAGAGCCUUGACCAGUUGCCUGACAUGAGCGCUGCCGAUGAGAUCACAAGGACAGAAUCCCAUACCUCUAUCGCAAUGGACGAGACAGGUUCACGGUCAACGCUUGUGAGCCAACAAGAAAUAAACAUAUCUGACACCAAUAUCAUAGUGAAAACUAUAAUGGACACAUUGAAGACGGACGACCCAGAGAUGACUUCAGCAGAAGAAAAUCUGGAUAGGCUCCUGUCAGUUGAAGCCCUUCAAGGUGCGUCUGACAACCUGAUCGCAAAGGUCCACGGUCUCAUUCUGGAGAUAACCAUAAGCCGCCAGCUUCAAUCCAUGGCUGGCCACAGAAGCCUCUCUCAACCAGCGCUGCCUAAGCCAGCCCUGAGGAAGCUGUCAAAGGACGAUGCCUCAGAGCUCAUUUACAACUUUACCCAGACUUCUGUUAGGAGACUCCUGGGGCAGUGUAUGGGAAGGCCUAUGCCACCCUCGGCUGAAAUGGUUUUGGAUCAGGUCAUCAAGUUGAUGACAGACGUGGUGAUGGACAGCCUGACUUAUGGGUCCAAGUCUGCAAUGGAGGAUGACACCAGCAAUGCCGCAAGUGACAUCAUUCAUGGUGUUGUAGCUGACCUUGAUGCUACUGAGGAAUUCCCUGCCAGGAGCCUUAGCCCGGCUGAUGUAAAGGCUGACGGCAUGGCCCGCCUUCCCUCUGCCAGAGGGGAAGAGACUAAGAAGAACAGGAAGUGGCAUUUCCUACCGAAAAUGCAUACGUUUCCAAAGAUCAUGAUUAAGCUGUUCAAGACAAAAGGGGAACCGAAGAGCCACCCUAAACAGGAUGCACUGCCUACCAAACGUCUCAGAGAGACUCAUAUUUCACAGGAUGCUGAGUGUGAGGUUCCAGAGGUUCCAUCCACUUCCCCCUCCCAAGGAGGACCUGACAACCACACCGGCCCCUGCUCCCCAGGAGUCCCAGUCCCGUAA